AGCAACUUAGCAACGGCAGCGACCUUGUGCAGGGCAUGCUGUUCACAACAGUUUUAUUAGUUACCCACCUUAACAUGCUCGUUUAUCGGACACACGAAGUGACAGUUUGGUGUUUAUAGUGUCCCUUUCAACGAUAACAUCAUGUUUUCCUUCAUCAAGGCGGCUGUCGGCGGUUUAACCGGUGUCUGUCGAGCACACGGUCACCAACAAGGCCUUUUACACAGCCACCUGAAAGUCCUAGCUGCUGGCCUGAAGACACACGAAACCCCUCCAGACUACAGCGAUGUGGUGCUGCCGGAGAAACCCAAACUGAAGUUCAUGAACAAGGUGCCUAACUUUAAGAAAGCAAAGAAAGAGAUGAAGAAUCUUCGGGAUAUCCAAGGCCCAGCGAGGGCAGCAAAUACCUUCACGACAGGACAGUACGCUAUUGUGGCCUUGGGAGGGGGCUACCUUCAUUGGGGUCACAUAGAGAUGAUCCGUCUUACCGUCAAUCGCAAGAUGGAUCCCCGUACUACAUUUGCCCGCUGGCGCAUCAAUGGCCCAUAUAAGCCCAUCACACGUAAAGGUCUGGGUCAGCGCAUGGGUGGGGGCAAGGGAGCCAUCGACCACUAUGUGACGCCUGUCCGCUACGGCCGUUUGAUUGUGGAAGUGGGCGGAAAGGUGGAGCUGGGGGAGGUUGAUCAUAUCUUGAUUGAAGUGGCAAAGAAGCUACCCUUCCCUGCCAAGGUGAUGAGCAGAGAGAGCCUAGCAGCCCUGCAGAAGAAGCACGCUGACAUGGAGCAGAACAACCAGAAUCCCUGGACCUUCAAGGAGAUCGCGCGCGGCAACAUGCUGGGCAUCAGGAAGGUACUCAGCCCCUUUGACCUGCACAACCAUGGACGCUUCACAGGCAAAUUUCACCUCCCGUGGAGGGUGUGACGGACCUGAGGGACAGAAAUGGACAGUGUCUCACUGAAACACCAACCAGACCACACCAUGGAAGAAGCAACCAAAAUAAACAGCCAUAUUUGGGAAUUUUUUUGGGAACAUAUUUUUGUUAAAGGGAUAUGUCUUCCCUUUUCUGCUUCAAAAAACAAUAAACUAGAUUAUGUAUUUCAGUAUCACAUGGUA